GUAAAAGGUCAACCUGUGUUAACGUGUCAUCAGGCUGUCGCCACACCGGUGUCACUCAGCCCGCAUCAGUAACCGAGCUGACCUGUACAGUUUUCUCCAAAAAAUGGCCAAAAAGCGGAGAGAAAAACGAGAGACCGACGGCCUGUCCGCGGCCCCGGAGGAGGUGAAGGCUGCUAGCGAGCCUCCAGCGCUGAAAGAGGCUCAUCACACAGGGGGGUCAGCACGCAUGUCUCUCCUGAUUCUUCUGUCUAUCUUCACCUGCGCUGCCUCAGUCAUGUACCUAGUCUACAGGAACUUCCCAGAGCUUCCUGACGAUGAAAUGGAGAAAAUUAAGAUCCCUAAAGACAUGGAUGAUGCCAAAGCUUUGGGGACUGUGUUAUCUAAAUACAAAGACACCUACUACACCCAAGUGUUGGUGGCCUACUUUGCAACCUAUGUUUUCCUCCAGACAUUUGCAAUCCCUGGCUCUAUCUUCCUCAGCAUCCUGUCUGGAUAUCUUUACCCUUUCCCCUUGGCUCUUUCCUUAGUCUGCUUGUGUUCUGGGCUGGGUGCGUCCUUUUGCUACAUGCUGUCUUAUCUUGUGGGCAGACCCAUGGUCUACAAAUAUCUCACAGAGAGAGCACAGAAAUGGUCCCAGCAGGUUGACAAACAUAGAGAUCAUUUAAUCAAUUACAUCAUCUUCCUGAGGAUAACCCCCUUUCUUCCCAACUGGUUCAUCAACAUCACCUCACCUGUCAUCAAUGUGCCUUUGGGGGUUUUCUUCAUUGGUACUUUUCUUGGAGUGGCACCGCCAUCCUUCGUAGCGAUCAACGCAGGUACAACACUGUACAAACUGACCACAGCGGGAGAGGCUGUGUCCUGGAACUCUCUGGCUGUGCUCGGGGUACUCGCCGUGCUCUCCAUCUUGCCCGUCUGCUUCCAGAAAAAGCUGCAGCAGAAACUAGAGUAGAACACUGAACACCGCAGCACCUCAUCUGCUGUCUGAUCCCACAUCCCCAUCCUUCGGCUCAGGAACACGCAGCUGUCACUCAAGUUGCUCUGCCUCGGUCUCAUACACAGCUGCUUGUGGUGCUGGUGGACAAAUCUCUGACCACUGACACAGCAAGCACUCAUUGACCACAACAUGCAUGCAGUGGUGGGUUGUUCCUGAUAUUAAGUAAAGUAUAAACUGGCCGCUGCUUGCACAUGUUUUUUGGUUUCUGUGAAUUAUGUUGUUGAUUGUGCCACAUCUUGUGAAUAAUAGGAAUUACAUUAUUUGUUUUUAUUGAAGGCACUGCAAAUUGUUGUAUGAUUCUUGCCUGAGAAUUGAAGGUGCUACUUGUAGGAUGUUGAAUAAAAACACAUUAUUUUUAUACUUGUAUUUUUUUAAUGCAAGUCCUAGUGGCUGUAAAUGGCCUCUUUUCCAUAAGGAAUAGAGUUUCUCUCUGCUUGUUAGAAACUGCCAAAACGUCACAUCACAGUUAUAAUUCACAGUUUUCAGAUUUGAACCCUUUUAAACCCGUUUAAAACUAUUACAAAUAUUGUUUUAAGCCUACAUGAUUUCUUAUAAACAUUUGCUUUGGCAGUAGCAUAUCAAUUUCUACAUCCUAUUUGUAGCACCUUUUAAGAUUCACUCCCUUUCUAAUAUUUAUUUUAACUGCUUGUGUCUCAUUUGAACCCAGUGAAGUGUACUACCACAGCAAUAAUUGUCACACUACUGUUGAAAGUGGAUUUUAGUCUUUUAAAAGUACAUUUUAAUACCUGGUGCUUGCCUUGGUGGAGGAGAAAAUGUAACACGACGGAUCUGAAUAACUGUUGAUGUAUGGGUGUGUUCCCGUGUUCUUCUUUGAAAGGUGCCUGGAUCUACUGUCACAUAAGACCCUUCUUAUUUUCACGCUUUUCUGUUCAUGAUCGAUUCUUUCUCUCUAGCUCGUAAAGAACAAGCAAAGCGGAGGUAAUAUUUCCUCACAGGAUGGACUUGAAAGCACUUGCCCAUUUCCAAUUGGUGUUUGUAAUUAAGAAGUGAAUAUAGAUGUCAAAACAACAGAUUCGAGUCUAGUAAGAGGCAAGCAUCCCAGAAAAGCCUAACACAACUAUGUUGGUCUGUGAAUGUAAAAAAAAAAAGAAAAGGAAAGUUUACAGACCCUCCUGGUCCAAUGGCUCUUGAGUUUUGCAUUUAUUGAUAAUUAUGCACCUAUGUGUGUGCUGAGGUUAUGUGCUUCCAUCUCCACCCCUGUGAUUUUCUUCGCUAUGCCAGUAUAGAACUGGAGAAGUCGUCCACACUGUGGGUGAUGCAUCAGUGCCCUCAAUAAUACUGCCAACAGACUGCAAGGUAUCAAAGCCUUACCUUGCUUUUACUGCUUCCUUUCUUCACCAGGACAAAUGUAUUAUGAUGCCUGAUUUGUGUUGUUGGUUUGUGUUCUUUUAAUUGCGCUGAAUGACUAAUGAUUUUGUCCUGUGCUAUAAAAACUUUAUUGAAUUUUCAUUUUUAUGUUGUUAGUUAUUUUCUCACUCCUGUACUGUACCAAGAUAACUUGUAGCUGCUGCUUAAAAACCUUUCUGGAAGGUAACACGUUGAUGCAGUGAAUGUACAUGCAGGUUUAAAAAAAAAAAAAAAGGAGGUCUUAUACGAGAGACUUUGUUUAAUCUUAAAAUUGCACAUUCAUGGAAGCAGUUGGUUUGGCUCAUUUUCUGUUUUCACUCUAUUCAUUUGGUCAUUUCAACAUCUUAAUCUCGAACAGAUUACUGUCCACUACUACUAUGAGAUUAUUAAUCUCUCAAAUCCAGAUGUGAAAUGACGACCUAACAUUCAUUUAUGUAAAUCUUGAACAGUUUUGUUUUAAAGUAAUGUCUGAGCAUUUUCUGCACACACAUUUUGAUCGGGUUGUUUUUAUGGUUCUUACAGGGUUAUGAUGAGAAAGCUGCAUUUUUACACCUGAAAUACAUCGUCAUCUUGAAAAUUCAACUUCAGUAAGCGGGAUAAGUCAAAUUUUUGUCUUAAUAUUUACCUAGAACGAGAUCUUCCAAGAAAUGAAAAAUGGGAGAAUUUUAAUAGAUUUCUUUUUUCUAUUUGUUAAAACAUUUAAACCUUAAACAUAAUCUAGACUUCAUGCUGAACAUAUACUUAAACUGGAUAAAUAACUAGUUUUUUUCUUCCUGUCAUUCUAUCAAAGAUGUUGUAAUAAUUUCUUUGUAACCGUUUGUUAACAUCUCAGAAGGCAGUAUUAUUUUGUACUGAGCAGUGAUGUAUUGCAGUUCGAAGUGUUUACAGAUUGCAAUUUUCUGUCCUAUCUAAUCAAAUUUAUGUUUUUUUUCAUAUUUAUUGAAUCAUUAAAAUUAUCUUUACAGAA